GUUGGAUGUCGACAAUGGUGCACUGCUCCUUCGUUCGGAGCCUGUUUGCGAGCUGCACGAGCCGAAGCUGCCGGACUCCCCCGGCACCGAAGAGGAUCCCCUGCUGGGUUUCGAUCUAGAGCCACCGUUUGCAAGAAGGGCAUCGCGAACAAGCCAAUGUCCGCAGACAUGGGAUCCGCACCUUCUUGGUGUUCGGCCGGCUGCACCGUUUCCCGCAAAAGCCGGCGCAGCCUUGGUCGUGAAGGCAUGUACGAUCUGCUGCGGUCAGCCAGUGGUGGGGAUCCAGAUAGAUGUUGAUGAGCAAGCACAGUCUUUCACCGACCGGACUGGUGUCUGCAUGUUGUGUGACGUCCGUGAUUCUGAACCAGAGAUGAAGGUUUUUGCAAGUCACGCUGCCUUUGAGAGCGGAUGCUGCCAAUAUACCGUCACUUCACACCCCAAGUCGGUCGCGGAGCUACCGAUUUUCCUUGAGCCGCUGGUUAGGCUGUUCACUGUGCCGGGCCCGAGAGGUCAGCUGGCUUUGCAGAUUCUGGCCGGUGAUGGUGACUCCGUCCUGAUUCCGGUCGAUGCAGAACCCUUUCCUGGUACCAUCCGCAAUGGGCGUGGCGAAGACAUGCUGUCGUCAAGCACAGGCAGUCCAGAGGCAAUUUCGCUAUCACGAGUGAGAAUCGCGCCAGAAGUGGAGGAGUGUCCGAUCUUUUGCUUGGCGAACUCGGCAGUGGAGUUGGGAGGGUAUGAGUGGCUCCCUUCUAAAGCGUUCCCAGCAGCAGGCAGUUGCACAUAUGAGGAGCUUUUACGGCUACGCGAGCCACGCACGCUAGGACAUCUUCGGCCUGUGGUGCAUGUAAAAGACAUUGACGACAAGACUCUCAACCUGGCCCUGGAAGAUUGCGGUACCGUCGACGACGCCGCCGUGCUGUUGAGACAAAGGCUUCACCUGAACCAGAGCAUAAAUCUGGCUUUGGCUGCCGAAUCUCCUGUGCCGGAGACCUGUGUGGACAGAUAUGCGUGCGGAGCAUCGCUUCUGAAAGGAUCUGCCAAGCUGUUUUCUGGCCAGCAGCUACAGAUCAUGGCGCGACUGCUCAUCACUGUGACCUUUGGAAACACGAAACUUGGUGCUCCUAACGUGCAGGUGGCGCUUCGGGAUUCAAACGAAGCUGCGACGACCGACAGCUCGGGUGUUUGUGAGCUAGUUGUCCCUGCCGGGCGUCACCACGUGCGAAUUGACCACGCCAUGUCAAACGAAGGCAGCGACGAAAUGGAAAUCGACGUCUCCGAAGUAGAAACACGCUUGGAAGUUUCGGUGCCGGCCUGUUUGUUUGUUUACUUACAAGCGCCGGACUCCGAGAUAGGAGCGAAUGCUCCCACCAACGUGUGGCUCUGUGCUCAUCAGGAACAUCUGCCACUGACAGCCUGGCCCGUCGCAGGAACGGUGCUACUGUCUGAUCAGUCCGGCACAUUGGAAGCUCCGCUUGACGGGGAGAUGCUGAGGUCCGUUGAGCUGUCCAACGCACUCGAGGGCAAGCGCAAGCCUCUUACAUUGAGCCUUGCCCUGGACUUGUCGGAGACCGGAUAUGUGUGGCGGCAGAAAAGCGAGAGCUUGCUUGGCACGCAAUCAUCUUGGAAGCGGCUUCUGGAGAAGCCCAUGUCGGUGGGGCGGCUUUUUCCUCCAAUUACGGUGCGCGCUCACUUCUACAAGAAGACAAGUAUCAUGCAAGUGGCGGCCUUCGACUGCCGAACUGCUGGAAAGCUUUGCGAGGUGAUGGCAAAGAGAUUCCGCAAAGCCGCUAGCUCGUUGGGAGUCUUUUCUGAUCAGAAGCGAAUCAGUGAUGACAAUGAGGUGCCAGCAUGGACGAGCGUUGACGUAUGGGCUCUGACCCAAACUACUGUGCUGCUGCGAGCGCCUUGUUGCUCGAGAGGCUUGAGUGGUGCAACAGUCUGCGCCUACUUUGACAUGGAGCGAGACUGGCAGGGGGAUGUCCAAAGAUCAAUGGAUGCCAGCUACGUUCCAGGAUCGCCUUGGGCAGAGGGGUCCACAGGUGGAGAUGGAAGGUGCGAGCUGAUGGUUCCUGACGAAGUCCACCGGAUUGAGGUUUGUCACCCCCUGCUUGGUCGCCGAGAGAUUGCGGUGGACCCGAGAGGUGCACAGGGGGAAUCUGUACUGGAAAUUUAUGCAGAACCUCGUGUGCAAGUCUACUCAACGCCACUCCCAGAUGAGGCAGACGGGGCCAUCGUACCAAACGCCGAUAGUCAGGAAGAGGUCUGGGUGUCGGUGACGGAGCCGCCUCCCGAAGCCAGGGGAUCGGAGCUGCACGGCACGCUCCUGGUUGACGGCAUGGAUGGAGCUCUUCGACUUGCGGAUGCUUCACCGGUUAAGUUGCCCUGGCGCAACCCCAGAAUGGGAGACCAAUGCCCCUUGCAGAGGCUUCGAGUUGAUACCGGCACGUCGAAGCCUGGCCCGGUGCUGGCUUUCAGCAGAAGACUCUCGAAGGGGUCGAGCCGGUCCAUGGCAUGUGUGCUGGACAGCCUCGUGGCUGGCCCGGUGUGUGUUGGCGCUUUGCUGCCAGCUGUGUUGGUGCAUAUGCAAGCUGUCGGGGGAAGGAAGGGCUGGCAGCAGUUGCCUGCUCCUUUAGCCGAAUGUCCGACCACUCUGGCACUUCGCAAAUGGUUGGGAAGCCGGUUUUCUCGCGAUCUCGACGAUGUGGGACUGUACAACUUGUCGAAGACGGGUGGACUUGGAAGGGCUCUUGCCGACGAUACGGUGCUGACUGCAGACCUGGAGCUGGCGGCAGCGUUUCUAUCUCCCCUGCAUGUGCAGGUUCUGCUGCCUGACACGCAAGAAGAGCAAGGCCUCAGUGGUGUCAUUGUGGAAGUCGACGAUACGAGCUACGGAUCUACUGAUGCGGAUGGCUGUAUCCAGCUGAUGCUGCCUCAUGGCAAGCGCUCUGCUUACUUGCGGCAUCCAAGCUUCGGAGACGGAAGAUUUCACAACUUCAUGAUACCCAGCCAAGAGGACUGCUGCAUUACAUUUGCUGAUGUUCGAUUGUACAUCUUCGCGACAGAUCCAGAGGCAGAUGCAGAUGACGAGGAUGCAGGAUGCCAGCCAUCCUUGGUUUGGAUCUGUGCAUCAGCAGAGCAGAUUCCACCUGAUGCUCUGGGGAUCGCCGGAAGCGUGCAAUGCCGCGUCGGCGAAAAGGACAUCUCUGCUUCUCUAAGUGCAUCGCGGCCUACCGAAUUCGUUGUACUGUCCGGCGAGCAAGUCUCAAGACGUCCCGCCUGCAGCCUGGCAGGCCUGCAAAUUGCAGCCUCACGCACUGGAUUCGAGUGGCAGCCGAAAGAGCCAUCUCCCCUGGCUGAACGGCUCGAGGAGCUUGGUGGUUCUGAAUAUCUACGCCUCUUGAACUGUCCGGUGGCCAUGGGGUAUCUGAAGCCAACUGCACUCGUGCGACUGGAUUCUAGUACCACGAUCAGCAUCUCCAUAGCGGAUCAUCCCACGGCGGAAGCGCUGCGGGAUGUGGUCGCCGAGAAGCUAGGCUUACUUUCGGCGACAUCGAUACAGCUGCGACUGCUACCGCUUGCCUCCGACGAUUCUGAGCGACUUCUGGAUGAUGGCGAGAGUAUCCGGCCCGGUUGGAUGAUUCGUGCCCAUCAAAUGGUGCGGGUCCACGUUGCCGUCGUUACAGCUUGCUGUGGUGAGCCGUUGGGAGAUGUGAGUGUGACGGCUGAGAGCGUCACCUGCCGCACGGACUCCUCCGGCACCUGCCAGCUGAUGCUGCCCAUUGGAGAUUGCCGUGUGCAUCUACAGCAUGCCUCGUUUGGCGAGAUGAGGCAAUUGCCGCUAAAGGUCUCGAAAGUGGAGGACCGGAAGGUGUGCUUCCGCAUGAAGCCGCGGCUCUUCGUCUACGCGACUGAUCCCGAAGAGCAGGAAGAGGAGGAAGAUCCGGAUUCGGUUGAAGAUGUCGGGCCAUCGUGGGAUCCCAGUUGUGUUUGGUUGGCUGCAGACGAAGGGCAGAUUCCAGAGGAUGCGAUUGGUAUCGGCGGCAGUGCCACCUGCUCGUGGCCAAGUUCGGCCGCUAGGCUUCGAGCACACCUCCGUGCCGAUCGGCUUUUAGGAUUUGAUCUUGGCCCGACUGGUUGGGCAGACUCAUCUGGGUCGUCGAAAGCUCGGACUGACGAGUUGUAA